AUGAAGUCAGGAGCAUUAGCUAAAGAAGGAUCCUUUCUAUCCCACACCGAUUUACAGCAACUGAAACACGAUGAUACCACGAACUUUCAUUUACUUCCACUGGCAACAAUUUUGAAGAGAUUCCACACGGAUUCUGAAAACGGAUUGACCGAAGAGCGGGCCCGCAGAGCCUUGGAAUUCUACGGAGCAAACACCUUGAAAAAGACCCGACAGCAAAACAAGAUUCUCUUCUUUCUGAAGAACUUCUUCGGAGGAUUCUCACUUAUGCUGUGGGCCAGUGCCGCCUUGUGCUACACAGCGCACUUCUUACAGAGUAAUCAUCAAGGUGGGAAAACCAAAUCGGACGAACACUUGUACGUGGGGUGUGUGCUCAUUGUCGUCGUUAUUAUAACCGGGAUAUUUACGUAUUACCAAAGCAAGAAGAGCUCCGAGAUAAUGGAUUCGUUCUUGAAGAUGAUGCCGCAGUACGCCACCGUGGUUCGUGACGGUAAAAAGCACGUGAUUCUCGUGGAGGAGGUGGUGGUCGGGGAUUUGGUGGAGUUGGUCCCUGGCGACCAAGUGCCCGCCGACCUCCGCAUCGUGAGGUGCUCGGGGCUGAAAGUGGACAACUCGUGCUUGACCGGGGAAUCCGACCCGCAGAAGCUGGACACCGAAACCCACCAGCAGGGCCUCUUGGAGGCGAAGAACCUGGCGUUCUUCUCGACGAUAGUGGUCGAAGGCACCGGCAGAGGGAUAGCGAUCGCGUGCGGGGAGAACACGCAGAUCGGGCGGAUCGCGGAGCUCACUUCCGGUCUGGCGGCGAGCGAGACGCCGCUCGCCAAGGAGAUCAAGCGCUUCGUCAAGAUCAUCAGCAUCGUGGCCCUCCUCCUGGGAGGCAUCUUCUUCGCGCUGGCCCUCGUCAUCGGCUACGAACUCCUACAGGCAGCUUUGUUCCUCAUCGCCAUCAUGGUCGCGAACGUGCCCGAAGGCUUGCUCGUCACCGUCACCAUGUGCCUCACGUUCUCGGCCAGGCAAAUGGCGCGAAAGAACUGCCUCGUGAAGCACCUGGAGGCGGUGGAGGCCUUGGGAUCCACGUCCGUCAUCUGCUCCGACAAGACCGGCACGCUCACCCAGAACGCGAUGACCGUCUCGCACAUUUGGUUCGAUUUCAACGAGAUCCGCAUCGAUCCGGCGGCGCCGUCGAAAGAUCUCGAUCUGAAGAACCCGCUGCUGACCGAGCUGUGUCGCGUGGGAAUGCUGUGCAACAAGGCGGAAUUCAAGGCCGGGGAGACGGAUCCCAACCCGUACAAACGCAAGAUAAUCGGAGACGCCUCCGAAUGCGCCUUGUUGAAGUUUACCGAAGUCGUGCACGGAGACGUGAUCGAGUACCAGCGUCGCCACAAGAAAGUGUGCGAAAUUCCGUUCAACUCCACGCUGAAGUAUCAAGUGUCCAUCCACGAGACCGGCGACAAGGAGAAGCCGUACCUGCUGGUGUUGAAGGGGGCACCGGAGAGGGUGCUGGAGCUGUGCAGCAUGAUGUGCAAGGCGGAAGGCAUCGUCCGCAUGACGCGACUCAUGAGGCGCAACAUCAAGGAGCUGGACCUGGAGGCGCGCGCCUUCCCGCAGGGCUUCGCCUUCAGCGCCAAGGACGUCAACUUCCCGCUGCGGCGCCUCGUCUUCGUGGGGCUGGCUUCCCUCAUCGACCCGCCGCGCCCCGGCGUCGCCGCCGCCGUCGCCUGCUGCAGGUCGGCAGGCAUCAAGGUGAUCAUGGUGACGGGUGAUCACCCUACGACAGCGCUCGCUAUCGCGCGGCAGGUGGGCAUCGUGUCGGACGGCAACUCGACGCCCGAGGAGAUGGCGCGCAAGCUGGGCAUCCCGGUGGAGCAGGUGGACCCGGAGGACGCGGGCGCCAUCGUGGUGCACGGCAGCGAACUGAUGACGAUGUCGCCGCGCGAGCUGGACGAGAUCCUGCUGACGUACCCGGACAUCGUGUUCGCGCGCACCACGCCCACGCAGAAGCUGAACAUCGUGGAGGCGUACCAGCGCCUGGGCGCCAUCGUGGCGGUGACGGGCGACGGCGUCAACGACUCGCCCGCGCUCAAGAAGGCCAACAUCGGCGUGGCCAUGGGCAUCGCGGGCUCCGACGUGGCCAAGCAGGCCGCCGACAUGAUUCUGCUCGACGACAACUUCGCCACCAUCGUGGUGGGCAUCGAGCAAGGGCGCAUCGUCUUCGACAACCUCAAGAAGUCCAUCGUGUACACGCUCACCUCCAACACGCCCGAGAUGCUGCCCUUCAUGUUCACGCUGCUGUUCCGCGCGCCGCUGCCGCUCGGCGUGUUGGCCAUCCUGUGCAUCAACGUCGGCACCGACCUCUGGCCCGCCAUCUCGCUCGCGUACGAGGAGCCCGAGUCCGACAUCAUGGAGCGCCGGCCGCGCGACCCCAAGAAGGACAACUUCGUCAACUGGCGGCUGGUCUCCAUGGCGUACAUUCAGAUCGGCUCCAUCCAGGCUGCCGGCGGCUUCUUCAUUUACUUUGUGAUGAUGGCGUCGUACGGAUUCCUUCCCUACGACCUCCUCGGCAUCCUCGAGAAGUGGGAGAACAAGGACAUCGACGACCUGGAGGACUCGUACGGGCAGGAGUGGUCGUACGACGACCGGAAGACGCUGGAAUACGCGUGCCACACGUCCUUCUUCAUCUCGAUCAUGAUAUCGCAAAUCGCGGACGUGAUGGUGUGCAAAACGCGUCGUUUGUCUCUGUUUGAGAAAGGUAUGAACAAUAAGGUGAUGAAUUUCGGAAUACUCUUUGAAAUUUGUUUCACUGUUUUCUUUGUGUACACCCCUAAGGUGAACACUGCACUGCACCUCGUGCCUGUUGGUUUCAUGCCCUGGAUACUGCCUGUUGUUUUCGCAUUGUACAUAUUGACGUAUGAUGAAGUACGUAAGUUUUGGAUAAGAAAACGGCGUAUAUCUUUUGUUGCAAAGGAAACAUGGUAUUGA